UUAGUGACACUCAUUAUGUAGCAUGGCAACAGCCAAAUAUCAGAUACACGUAAUUGCGAUGGCUUCAGGCCAUCGUUACAAGCUGAUUGGCAUUUAUAAGUGUAGUGAAAUAAAGUAUUAGCGAUAUGCUGCAAUCACACGAGUCAAAGAAAUAUACGAUUAUAACCAAGGAUUUAAUACUGACUUUAGCAAAUGAACAACAAUCGCGAAGGCGUCGUCGUCGAACCAUUGAUGUUCUCAAUAAAAUAGAAGAAAUACGUCUAGAAUAUUUGAAUAUUUUACAAAUAGAUUGCUUAUGGCCAUUGACGAACUUGGUGAAAUUGAAACUUAACAAUAACGUCAUUGAGAAAAUCGAAAAUUUAGAGAACUUAAAAAAUUUAUGUGAACUUGAUCUUUCUUUCAAUCGCAUCAAAAUAAUAGAAAAUUUGGAAUCACUUACAAAUAUUCAUAUUUUGACUCUUUAUGAUAAUAAAAUUGAAGUUAUUGAAGGAAUCGAGCAUAUGCAAAAUCUUACCAUUUUUAGUAUUGGCAAAAAUAACAUUAAAGAUUUUGAUCAUAUUUUAUUUUUACGGUAUCUCAAGAAUUUACGAAGCUUGCAAAUGGAAGGAAAUCCCUGUACUCAACAAAAUGGCUAUACAUCUUAUUUGAUAGGAUUUAUUCCACAGCUCAUAUAUUUUGGCUACAAAAUGAUAACAAAGGAGGAGCGGGCUAACGCAAACAAAAUACAUCAGCGAGCAAUAGAAAGCCUAAUGGAAACUGAGACAAAAAAGGAAAACGAAUUAAAAACUAUUAAAAGUGCAGAGAAUAAAGUAGUCGAGUUAUCAGCUUCUUAUGUAGAAUACCUUGAUGACAAUUGUCUUUUUGAGCUGAUGUUUAAGGAGGAUGAAGAUGGAACAAAUUUUGCUAAAUUUAACGAGGAGUUCAUAUCUCUUUUUGAGCAAUAUAAACAGAAUUUUUCAGAUAUAUGUCAUCAAUUAUAUAAUAUUGGCAUAACAGAAGAAAAUCGAAGACGCAGUGAAGUAGAAGCUCUGUAUAGUAUCAUGCAUGAUAAGCUUAUAAAUGCUAUAAACAAAGCACGUCAAAUAAUGGACAGCGUACAAGGUAAAAGAGUCGAGAUUAGUGUUCGUAUUACACAACUCCUACGUGAAGCUGCAAUAGCUGAUGCUGAUCUUGAUGAUGAUGCUAUCGAUGAAAUUGAUAAAGUUGCUAGACAAUUAUCACAAGAAUUUCAUGAUUAUACCAAUACUAUAUGGGCAAAAUUAAUGUACGAUGAAACAUUAAUCCACGAUCAAAUCGAUGAAAUGAGUAAAAUAUUUGAAAUUAAUAUCAGUGAUAUGGUAACUUCGUUUUUGGAAUGUGCACAAGAUUAUUUUUCGCAACUACGAAGUCUUGAAACGGAAUACUUUGAAACUCUAUUACCAUUACUUUCAUAUUUUUUGAGUAAUAUUGAUGAAGAAAACAAGACCUCUUUUAUUGCAGAUCUCACAGAAGAAAAAGACACUCUAAGUAAUCGUUUGACUACUUCACAUUUUCUACACAUUCAGAUAAUCGACGAUCGUCAAGAUACAAUGUUAAGACGACUUAAAGAUUGGCAAUCAAACUUUCUUAAAAAAUUAAUUGAGAAUGAGAUUACAAGACAUAGAAACCAAAUUUUAGAAAUAACCUACUUUCUUGAUCAUCAUCGUCAAAAUACGUCUGUAUCAAUGUUAAUUGGUCAACAGUUAAAUAUAGAAGAAAAUGAAAAUGAAAAUGAAUAUAAAGUUAAUAGCGAUAUUGAAGCAGAAAAUUAA